AUGAGAAGCAACUGGAGACAGAGAUUGUGCAUCUUUAGGCCAUUAACAAGCCAUAGCUCUCACAAACAAAUCAUUUAUUUUUUGACUUACUCACUCAAGCUGUAACUGAAAACAUGCGCAUUGAAAAAAAAAACUUGACAUGGACUCUGAUUCCACUUUUUCUGGCAGGUAGGUACAACAUUUACAUAAUUUAAUGUUUUAUUAAAAUGAUAAUAAUCUUACAGGAUAUGAAUCAAUCAAUCUCUUUCAGGUGUUUUCUGCAAUACAUGCAAGGUGAUAUAUCAGCAGCAGCGUAUCUGUGCAGUGAAAGGCUCGUCUGUUAUCAUCCCUUGCUCCUUUUACUGUCCUGAACCCCUGAGAGUGAACGGAUGCAGGUGGGUUCAUGCCAAGUCUCAUUUAAAGGGAACUUUAAUAUAUGGCAGUAACUUUAAAACAGCCCCCAAAAGGUUCCAUUUUAUUCAGGACAAUCGACAAAAUUGUUCUUUGAAAAUACACCCAGUGGAGCGAAAUGAUGCAGGAAAAUAUACGUUCAGGCUUACAACUAACUCCAAAGAGUUCAAAUGGAGUCAUCAAGUUGGCUCAACAUUAAAGGUUGUUGGUAAGUUGCUUUUCCGUAAAAGAACUGAUGAACACUCUCUUCAAUCUGUCUGGUUUGAAACUAAAGCCAUACUUAACUUUUCUAGAUUUGAAAGUCUCUGUGACAAAUCCUGAUGGAAACAGAGCAAUGCAGGAAGGCGAUUCUUUGAAUCUCACUUGCACACACAGCUGUGAUGGCGGUAACCUUUCAUCGGCCUUCACCUGGUUUAAAAAUGGAGAACACAUCAAUGAAGGAUCUAUUCUUUAUUUAAGCAACAUGUCUUCCGAAAACACUGGAAACUACAUUUGUUCUUUAAAAACACACACAGGAGCCACUUCAGGAGCCAUACAUAUUGAUGUUGAAUAUGGCCCUAAGAACACAUCAGUGUCUGUCAGUCCGUCGAUGGAGGUAGACGCCGGGACAAACGUCAGCUUGAUCUGCAGCAGCCAUGCAAACCCCCCAGUGGAGAAUUAUACUUGGUUUAGAGUAGAUGCUAAGUUUAGUAAGGAUGUCGGACACCAGCCUGUGUUUUUUCCUGAUUAUGGUGGCAAGUAUUUAUGCUGUGCCACCAACAAACACGGAAGCCAAAACUCCUCUGUUGUGGUUUUAAAGAUAAAAGCAUAUUGGACAACUCUCCCCAGAGAGGUACUUAUCAUUACUGCUAUCACCGUGCUUCUCAUUGUGAUUGCUCUUAUUGCCAUCAGAAGAUUCCACAAAGCAAGUACCUGGAUAACAGAGACAGGCUGUGAAGAGGAAAUACAGGAUUGUAUGGAGAAUACAGACUAUGUCAACUGGCUCAGCUGUGACACUAACCAAUCACAAGAGGGACAUCCGAGUGAGGGGGGAGCAGAAGUCAUCUAUACGACUGUAUACUUCAAUCACAGAAACACGGAGCAGCAGGUGGACUUCCAUACUGAGUAAGAUGUAUUAGCAUCACUGUGUUCAGGAACCAACUGUCCAACCGAACCUACCCUUCAGAUAUCAAGCCUCACUACGAUAUGUGAAGAAAUUGUGUUUUGAGGGUAAUUGGUUUAUGAGUUUGUUUGGAAGUAUGUGAAAUAAAUAUGUAUUUGCCGCAAUAAAGGCUUUCCAACUUUUUUCAAAUGCA